AUGAUAAGAUUGUGGGGACAGGCUUCUCGGACAAUGAGUACCAGUAAUUAUGGCAACGUAAGUAAGCUCAAGAAACUGUUCCUGAGUGGUGUUGAUGCGGUGAAACCAAAGUCAUUGUUUGAAGGAUGUAAAAACAGCACGAGCAAAAUGAACCAAAGCCUCAAUCACGAUCACAAACGCUAUCAUGUGGUAGGUUUCGGAAAAGCCGUUCUAGGGAUGGCUGUGCAGUUGGAACAGCUGCUCGGGAGUCGCCUUCGAAGUGGAUGUAUUAGCAUUCCACUUGGAACAAGUGACAAAUUUGCUGGAGAUGUAGACUUCACCCUAUCACCCAACACUACGAUCGAAGUAAUCGAGUGCGCUCGCAACAAUCUACCAGACGACCGAUCGUUGAUGGCGGCGGGGAAGAUAAAGCAGAUCGCGCAUAGUAUGACGAAAGACGACAUUCUCUGCGUUUUGGUAUCUGGUGGAGGUUCCGCUUUACUUUGUCUCCCGAAAGCACCCAUUACACUGGCGGAAAAAUUACAGAUGAUUAAAUUCUUGUCCACGGCGGGUGCAUCGAUCGAUGAGCUGAACUAUGUACGAAUUGCUUUAUCGGAUGUGAAAGGUGGACAGCUAGCGCUGGAAGCCAAGCAUGCUUAUCGAGUUUAUUCGUACGUAAUAUCGGACAUUGUCGCUGACCCGGUAGAAUUGAUUGCUAGUGGUCCUACCGUUAUUCCGGAUGGAGUGGAUGUGAAUGGGAGAGCAAAGAAAAUUCUAAAGAAAUACAGGUUGUGGGAUGAAUUGCCAAAUUGUGCUGCUGAAAUUAUCGAGAGAGCGAGAACUAAAGAAGAUAGAAUUAGUUUGGAUAAUAACGAGCUAUUUUUACUUGGAAGUAAUGCAGUGGCGGUGAGCUGCAUAGCACAAAAAGCUCAGGAUCAAGGGUUAAAGUGUAUUGUUUUAUCAAAAAUGCUUGAAGGAAACGUAGUAGAAUUGAGUACCAUGUAUGUUGAGCUAGCAGUAACUUUAUACAACUAUAAGAAAGGUCUUUUUUCUGAAAAUGUACUAACCGAUAAGUUAGGAACCAAUUUAACAAAACUAAAAUCUAUCGAUAUAGAAUUGGAAGAAUUUGUUAGAAAUGUAGUUGCUUCGAGAACGGAAUCCCUUUUGAUAGUUGGCGCAGGUGAGCCAACCGUUUGCGUUUCCGGUAGCGGAAAAGGAGGUCGAAACCAGGAACUUGCGCUUCGGUUUUCUUACGGCAUUCGGAACCAUGAAAAUGUGUUCGAUUCCGAUGUGUGUUUUCUUUCGGCCGGUACAGAUGGAAUCGAUGGUCCAACGGAUGUGGCCGGAGCAAUUGGAGGAGCGUUUGUUGCAAGAGAGUAUGAAGAAAGUUUCUCAAGCGAGGGCAAAUUGUUUAUAGAAAAUAAUGAUUCUUACAGGUUCUAUGAGGCUUUUAAAGAGGGACAAUAUUUUGUGAAAACUGGUCACACCGGUACGAAUGUGAUGGAUAUACACUUAUUGUUGAUAGAUUCUUAGAGAAAUUGA